CAGCUGCCCAACUAAUGGGCGUAAUAAAAAAGUUACUGUUAAUAAUAUCUCGACCAGCACGUCUAUUGGAGUGCCUUGAAUUUGAUCCUGAAGAAUUUUAUCACUUUCUCGAAGCUGCCGAAGAUCAUGUAAAAUGUUUGCAAGAGAUCCAAUUGCCGAAUUGCAGCAAGAGCUGCGCGACUGUAAUUUACCGUCCAUUAAUCCGACAUCGCAACUUUGUAUACCUACGACUUCGACGUGCAAAAAAUGGGCAACGAACCCUAACGAACAAGAUUUUGAAGUUCUUAAGUUAAUUUCGAAUGGGGCGUACGGUGCUGUAUAUUUAGUAAAACAUAAGCAAACGAGACAGCGUUUCGCUAUGAAAAAAAUUAAUAAGAAUAAUUUAAUGCUCCGUAAUCAAGUUGAGCAGGCUUUUGCCGAACGAGAUAUAUUAAGUUUUGCGGAUAAUCCUUUUGUAGUGAGUAUGUACUGUAGUUUAGAAACGAAGAAGCACCUGUGUUUGGUUAUGGAGUACGUUGAAGGAGGGGAUUGCGCCAGUUUGAUCAAGAAUAUUGGUCCAUUGCCAGCGGAUAUGGCCAGAUUUUACUUUGCCGAAACAGUUCUUGCUGUGGAGUAUCUGCACAGCUACGGAAUUGUUCACAGGGAUCUAAAACCUGAUAAUUUGCUCAUCACCGCUUUAGGUCACAUUAAGUUAACAGAUUUUGGUUUAAGUAAAAUGGGAUUGAUGUCAUUGGCGACCAAUUUAUAUGAGGGGUAUAUUGAUUGUGAAACGCGCCAAUUUUCCGACAAACAGGUCUUUGGCACGCCGGAAUACAUAGCUCCGGAAGUGAUACUGAGGCAAGGAUACGGAAAACCGGUUGACUGGUGGUCGAUGGGUAUUAUUUUGUACGAAUUUCUCAUUGGAUGCGUGCCAUUUUUUGGUGAGACUCCUGAAGAAUUGUUUGCUCAUACAGUAAAUGACGACAUUGAAUGGCCGGAUUCUGAUGAUUGGCAAAUACAGGAUGAAGCUAAAGAUCUCAUCACUGUGUUGUUACAACAUUCUCCUCGCGACAGAUUGGGUACAGGUGGCGCUCACGAAGUAAAAGAGCAUGUGUAUUUCAAAACCGUCGAUUGGAACUCCCUUUUGAGGCAUAAAGCGGAAUUCGUCCCUCAGCUAGAAAACGACGAAGAUACCAGCUACUUUGAUACCCGCGUUGAUCGCUAUAAUCACGACUUGGGAGAUGAUACAGAUGAUACUGACGAUUCUCCAGUAUUUGGCUUGUUUUCGUCAUGUUCACCACAAUAUCGUAAAGUGCAAGGUUCGCGUUUGGGUACAAGUAUUGAUCAAGAACAAUCGUCUGAAGCUGUACGAAUCACAACGUCUGUCGCCACCACUCCAGAUACUCCUGAAAUUCCAGAUUUCAGAAUGCGGUUGAGAUGUGGUUUGUUAACGCCAGAUAAAGAUUAUUCAGAUAUUUUACCACUGGAUCACAGAAAGAUAUCGUUGGAUCUUAACAAAACUGUGAGUACACCCGAGUCAUCUCAAACUGACAGUGACGAUGUCUCACCGCAAAUUCAGAGGAAACGGAAAAGCGGCCACGCGCGUGACAUUUUACCGCGCUUUUCAAUUUCAGUUGAAGAUGAGCACAGCAGUAUUGAAACGGGCACGUCCUCAUCUGAAAAUAAUCGCGAAUUAUCACCCGUUAGUCGAAAUCAACCUCCAGUGGCACCACCAAAUAAACAUCGUUCUCGGUCUGUUGUGAAAAGCGCAUCUGCAUCAGGUUUAUCUUUAAUGAUACCCGCAAACGAUGAUUUCCAAACUCCUACUCCUGGCAUUCACUCGCCAGGAGGCGGAGGGGGUUCGAGUACGGCGAGUUCGCGAGACACCUCCCCGUGCAGGGAACUCUCACCCCUUGUUACCAGUCUCAAACCGCCUGUGAUAAUUCGAAGAGGUCCGAAAGGAUUCGGUUUUACAGUUCAUACGAUUCGAGUCUAUUAUGGCGACACGGAUUUCUAUACCAUGCAUCAUUUAGUUAUGGCUGUAGAUGAAGGGAGUCCCGCGUUUGAAGCAGGUUUAAGACCUGCAGAUUUAAUAACGCACGUAAAUGGGGAAGCUGUACAAGGCUUGUAUCACACACAAGUGUUGCAACUCUUGCUUUCUGGCGUCGAGCAUGUCAGUUUAAGAGCCACUCCUUUGGAACACACUUCGAUUCAAAGCGGAGGGCGCAAAAGGGAACCGGGGCAGAGCAAGCUGGCACGAAGGAGCUUGCAUAGACAGAGGAAGCAGAAAAGAGAAAAUGACAAAAGAAGGAAAACAUCUUUAUUCCGAAGAAUUAGUAACAAGAGAGCGAGUGCAGAGAUUCAACAGAUGGCAGCUGGUGUCCAAUCACCAUUGAGCGUUACUCCCAGCCGCAGCUUUCAGUCGUUCACAAGAAAUCCAGAUAGCAGUUCCUCUCUUUCCCAAACUUCAAUACGCACAUCCGUCUCGAAUCGUACUAGUCUUUCUCCAUCAGAUUCCUUUAGCCAACACUCUUCCAGUUCCUCAUCUCAAAGCUCGUCCUCAGCUUCUCCCAGCCCCACUCAAAUUACAAACAACCGUAACAACAAACAACAUUAUCAACGUCCAUCCACUCUGCAUGGUCUAAAACAUAAACUGCAUUCGACUGGUUGCACAAAAACGUUACAUUCGGCUAGUCCUUCAUGUCCAAAUGUUCCAAACCGACGUAAGUCUGUCGGUCACAUUCCGUUAUCUCCUUUAGCAAGAACACCUUCGCCUUCACCACUGCCAGCGUCCCCUACUAGAUCUCCAAGUCCUCUAGCAUUUCCGAUAGGUCACCAACCAGGUAGCUCAAAUACAACGCAAUCGUAUAGUCCCAGUGCUGGCAACACACCUAUUACAAUGGCGUCGAACCAAGCAAAAAAAGGAUUUGUGAGACCUAAGGCUGCCGAACCAGGAUCUCCUUUGUUACGUAGAGCACUCUCGCCUGAUCGCCUCCAUCCUCGCAGCGCAGAAAGUAAAUGCGCGCUCAUAUCUCCUUUAUGUUCAUCUAGUAAAUCGCCGGUAGUUAAAACGCAAACUCGCGGCGGCAGUAGCGCAGUAUGGAGAUCUGCCUCGCAACCGGAACGUGACAAGGAUGCAGAGCUUGAGUCGUCCGUUCCGUCGAGCAACGAAAUUGUUAGCAGUAGUAAUAGUGCAUCCGAAAAUCGGUUAUCGCUGAACUUAUCUAGCACCAGUGAGCCCCUUCCACGAAUUGCAGAGGAGAAGGAUUCACCUACAAACAGCGCUCAAGAGUGUAAUAAGUCUGGGCAACUGAAUGAUAAAAGUUGCGUUAAUCCAAAAGGAAGUGAUGGAAAUACAGAAUGUCUCAAAGGCAAAUCCUUAGGUGCUAAGGAUAAUAAAUGUGGUAGUAAACUUCCACAAAAAUAAUAGUAAGACCAUGAACCAGAGGUUGGUUGUGCUUUAUAGAAUUAAAGAGUUGUAUUAUUUUUGAUGCAAUAUUUAUUUUAGCGGUGGGCAAUAUUAAGUUUAGAUAUAAUGAUUGUAAUAUAAUGUGAUUAAUGAAGUAUGUGAUUAUUUCUCCCGUGUUAACAUAUUUUAUAUUUUUAAGUUGACCAUGUAACCUCCGUUGCAUGAAUCUUGUAGUUUUUGUGCCACCUCACAAUAUAUCUGGCUAUUUGUGAUUUUGAACAGCCCAAAUCCCAAUUAAAUUUCAGGUUUCUUUUAAUGCUUUGUGUUUUACAAAUCUAAACUCGUGGUGUAGUAAUGUAAAACGUGAAGUAUAUUCAGUUGUAGAUCUCACCUUGAUUCUAGGAUAACCAACUGUUAGAAGUUUAGAAGGGUGUCCUUCCUGUAAUUCAUUCCAAUAUAAUGUUACUUUGAUAAACGUUCACGUUUUUUGUGUUAAAACACAACCUUCUUUACUGUGUACAAUUGGUUUAUAUUACACUAACAAUACCUUAAAUUGAUAGAUGUGAAUAUGGAAGAUUAUUGUUUGUAGGUAUUAUAUUGAACCAGGGUGUCAUAGUAUAUAUUGUUAAUGUAAGUUACAAAUUGUCAGAAAACUAUAUUUCUAGUUAACAAAAUUUACCUUCGUGGGGAUUUUUAAAAUGUUUUCAAAAUUGGAUCUCAAAGAGUUUAAGUAAGUACGUGUUAAUCGUUCAUAUAUGGAGA